UGUCCACUGGAUAUCAGAGAAGCAGUGGCAUCUGCAAGCCAGGAAAGGCAAGGCUUCCCUUAUACGGACAGUUCUUUGCAAUGACACAAUGGCUCCAAUAUAAAGUGUUGCUUAAUCUAAGCUGGAAGGCAAAGGAACAAAGAAACAUCAAGUGCCUGUUUGAGACCAAAGAGAACUGAAAAAGCAUUCAAGUCAUUUAAUGAUGGAGAAAUUUAAGGCUGCUUUGAUACUAGCAGGAGUAGGGGAUGCUUUGGGCUAUCGAAAUUUUACUCGGGAAAACAAUGCUUUAGGUGCAAAGAUCCAAGAGGAACUGAAGGAAAUUGGAGGGCUCGGAAACCUGGUCUUGUCCUCUGACAAAUGGCCAGUAAGCGACAAUACUCUGAUGCACAUGGCGACAGCUGAAGCUCUCAUCACAGAUUACUGGUGCUUAGAAGACCUGUAUCGGGAACUUGUUAAACGUUACAUUGAUGCUGUUGAAAAACUUCCUGAGAGAAGGUCAGAUCCUGCUACUAUUGAAGGCUGCUCCCAACUGAAGCCAGAUAAUUAUCUCCUUGCUUGGCAUACACCCUUCAAUGAGAAAGGCUCAGGGUUUGGUGCAGCUACAAAAGCCAUGUGCUUAGGGAUGAAAUACUGGAAACCUGAAAGGCUGGAAACUCUCAUUGAAGUGAGCAUUGAAGUUGGACGAAUGACUCAUAAUCAUCCUACAGGCUUCUUAGGGUCCCUGUGCACAGCUCUGUUUGUUUCAUAUGCAAUCCAAGGAAAGCCGCUGGUCCAGUGGGGAAGAGAGAUGAUGAAAAUUGUUUCAAUGGCUGAAGAAUAUUGCAAAAAGACCAUCAGGCACAUGGCAGAGUAUCAGGAACACUGGUUUUACUUUGAAGCAAAAUGGCAAUUUUAUUUGGAGGAGAGGGAGAUCAGUGAAGAAAAUCAGAAUAAACCUCAUUUUCCUGACAAUUAUGAUGCUGAGGAAAGAGAAAAGACUUACAGGAGGUGGAGUUCUGAAGGUCGUGGUGGCAGGAGAGGUCAUGAUGCUCCCAUGAUUGCAUAUGAUGCUCUCUUAGGAUGUGGUGGUGAUUGGACAGAGCUUUGUAACCGGGCAAUGUUCCAUGGAGGCGAGAGUGCAGCUACAGGAUCAAUUGCCGGCUGCUUGUAUGGGCUGCUCUAUGGCCUCAGCAAGGUUCCUAAAGGCCUAUACCAGGAUCUUGAACAAAGGGAGAGGCUCGAAUACUUGGGAGAGACUAUUUUCCAACGAUCUUCAGAGGAAAAGUAAAGAUGCUUUUAAUUUUUUAUUUUCUAAAAAACUGGUAGCCAGUUUUGAAAACACAUUUGCAGGAAGGAGAAAAAAAAAAAGACCUGAAGCCCCCUUUCGUUUAAGAUUAUACUACUCAGUAAUAAUGGUGUGCUCAUCUCCCCCCAGGGUUAUUAGGAUUGCUGCCUUGAAGUAUUUAAACAAUGUUGGCAGUCAGUGUUCUAGAAUAUCUUUAAAGGUUAUCUAUGUUUCUUCAAGUAUAGAAUUUUGGCAUUGAUUUUAAAAAGCGAAUCUUCUAAAAAACCUUUUCAUGACAUGAAUUUUUCCCUCGCUCUCUUAAUGUCACCUUGUCAUCUGUAUGCUUAUGUUCACUUAUGUCAUCAUUGUAUAUAAAAAUCUAAUGCUAUCUGCAUGCCAGAGACCACUUUCAUCAACCUUCUAAAAGAGCAUUGCUAUUUUUAAUGCACUGUUUCCCUGAAAUUCUUAAUCUUAAGUCCUGUCACUUCCUUUUAAUGUGACUUUUUUGUCAGACUUGCAGUGCGCCAUUCUUCUAAAAAGGGAGAGUCAACGCCAGGAAGUGAUCCAAGAAAAGGCAGAAAAUAGUUACCCAAACCAUGCAAAUAAAUGUAAAAAAACACAAAACUACAAUGGUUCCUAGUUUAGCCUUUCAGACUUUUUGAUCCUAUUUUUUAAAA